GCCACGACCACGGCCACGGCGCACACGACUGCGACUGCCACGACCUUGGUUUGCCUUCUUGGUUUGUUUUCUUGUCGAGUGCAGGGCUGGAACUGCUUCUGAACCCUCCGCUUGAUCUCUGUGCUGUACCGCUGCAACGACUGCUUGGAUACUACUACACCAUGGGCAGAGGCUCUCGCCGCCCGCGGUCAACCCGCCCAGGCACAUUUGACCCCAACGACACGACCCGAGUCAAGCACACCCGCAUUGGCGUCUGGGACCUCUAUGAACAAAUCAAUCCCGCCCUCGCCCAUGUCCCGGGCUCGUCCUACGCCGAGAAGGCUUUCGCGGCGUACGAGUGCUUGCCAUACUUGCUCCGAAUGAUCCAUGACAUACUCUCCAUACGGAGCUGUUGGUGGUUGCUUACCGCCUACACGCUGGCCGAAGUCGGUCAAGCCCUGUUGCCCGCUGCGUCACUCUGGUAUUCUGGCCAAUUGAUCAAUAUACUGCAAACAGCCAUCGAUACCCGCACCGUCGACGCCUCUCUGCUCUUUCAUAUCUGCGUAGGACGCGUCGCAUGCUCCAUCGCGCGCCGCCUCCUCAACCAUGCCCUCCCCUCGCUCCGCGGCCCGCUCGCGCGUCGCUUGCGAGCACGAUACUCCAUUCACCUAUUCCACGCGCGGGCGCGGCUCGAUCUCCCCACUUUCGAAGACCCACUUGUACAGAGACAGCUCGAAGAGGCGUCGUCUACGUCGGGGAGCAUCGCAUACGAUACGCUCGUGAUGGGCACGGGGAUCGUGUCGACGUUGCUGCAGGUCGUAAGUCAAGUAGGGGUCUUAGCACAAGUGCUGGGCGGACAAAGGGAUGGGUGGUUGCUGGCUAUGCUGAGCUUUGCGACGAGCAUGGGGGACUGGGUGACGAGGUGGAACGUGUUCGCCACAGAGCAGGUAUGGGCUGCGACGACGAAGGACAAGGAUUAUAUCCAGAUGGUGGGAAUGAAGUUUGUCGUGAACAACAUGGAGCACCGGAAGGAGUUCAUUGCUGGCAACCUUGCCGAGUUCAUGACGAGAGAGUUUAAGGAAGUUUCUGAACGCGUCGGCCCGGAUAACGCAGUCGACUUCCAUGAGCUCCGUCGCGAGUCGCGGAGCAAACGGCGUUUCAGCCUCUUUGGGUUCCUACAGGAUCCCCUGCGUGAGCUACCACAGAUCGUAUUCACCCUGCGCGCCGUCCAGUAUCCGGCAUCCAUGCCCGUCUCCUUGGCAUCCUUGAACUUGCUCCAGCAGACAACGUCGCACUUCUCGUUCACAGUGUGGCGCUUCUUCGAUCAGACGAGCUCAAUCACCGAGCAGUUGUCGACGAUUCGGAAACUUUACGAAGUUGCCAACAUCCCGAACCGCGUAGAGGACGGCAAAGUUCCCUUUCCUGAAGACGCCCAAAAGCUUCGACACGGAGUCUCGCUGGAGUUCAAAAAUGUAUCGUUCAAAUAUCCCGGCUCAGACCAAUACGCCCUACAAAAUGUCUCCUUCAAGCUCCUUCCCGGCCAGCUCUGUGUCAUUGUCGGCGCAAACGGCUCCGGCAAGAGCACAAUCCUCAAGCUUGCAGUGCGCCUCUACGACCCUUUCGACGGCCAGAUCUUCCUCGACGGCCACGACAUCCGCACGCUCCGCCUCGCUGACCUCCGCGCCGCCGUCUCUGUCCUCUUCCAGGACUACACCCACUUUCCCCUGUCGAUCCGCGACAACAUCGCUCUGGGCGACCCGGAGAAUUUCCAUAACGAGGCGCACGUCCAUAUGGCAGCGCGGCUCGGUGGCGCGUCCGAGUUCAUUGCGAAGCUCUCGGAAGGGUAUGACACGUACCUCGACAAGCCCGUACGGGACUAUUUCUCAGGCAUGCCGGAGGGGACAAGGACGCUAUUUGGGAAGCAGAUUGACUUUUCUGUGGUGCGAGGGGCGGGGGGCAUGGGGAGCCGCGCGAGCGGGCCCGGACUGAGCGGGGGCCAGAUGCAGAGGCUGGCAGUAUCACGGACGUUCAUGCGAAGCGUGGUGAGCGAGGACGCGAAGGUGGGGUUGUUGCUGUUUGAUGAGCCGAGUGCAUCUUUGGAUCCCGCUGCAGAGCAUGAUCUGUUUGGUCGUCUGCGGGAAUUACGGGGAAAUAAGACGAUGGUGUUUUCGUCGCACCGGUUCGGGAACCUGACCCGACAUGCAGACCUUAUCUUGUUCAUGAAUGAGUCGGUCAUCAUCGAGGCUGGUACGCAUGACCAGCUGAUUGAGCAACAAGGAGAGUACGCGCGAAUAUGGAUGUUGCAGGCACAGGCAUUCCUAUGAACGAUGGACCCUCAAGUUCCUCUAGACAGCAAUACCAUCAUUGCUCAUUGCUCUCAGGC